AUUGAAGAGAUGAUGCUGGAGUGUCGUGUGUUGUUGGAGUGCCGAUGUUUGUGAAACUAUUAAAAGAAACCGUUAAAGGGACGGACGGCGCGCGAUUCAUUUGUUUGAUUUUUCAUCCGGAUACUGUUAUGUUUGCACAACAAUCGUCGGCGAUCGCGUAUAAAGGGUGGACAAUGUGAUGAUUGGUCUUAGUCUUACCCGAAUCCUCGAGCAGCAGCAGUUAACUCGUUUCCUAUAAAGAUGACCACUUUCGUUGUUGGUACCGUCUUGGUGCUGGCACUUGCCUUAGCAGGAACCAGAUCACAAGCACCCUACUUUUACAAUUACGAUGAUGUCACGAUCGAGGAUCCUCUGGCUUACAUCUGGAACAACAGAGAUAAUCUAAUUCAAGAUAGUUAUGCACCUUGUGGCGUGAAAUAUAAUGCUGGCAGAGAUCGUGAGGGUACUUGCAUGCACAGCAGCGAGUGCAAAUUUAACAGGGGCAAAACAAACGGAAGAGGAAGCUGCAGCUUCUGGAAUUCCUGCUGUAUCUCUGAAAAAACAUGCAACCAAAGGACGAAUUCUCGCGUCUCCUACUUCAUGAGUCCAUCAGACGCUCGCAAAAAUUUCGGAAACUGCGAGAUGCAAGUGGAUUUGAUCAACGAAAAUAUUUGCCAAAUCAGGAUCGAUAUUAUAGACAUGAAAAUACAAGAUCCUGUACUCAAUGGGGAUAAAUUGGAAUGCGAAGAGUCGUUCACUGUUAGUCCAGAAUCGGGCACGCCAAAACUUUGUGGUGGCAAUAAAGAUACACACUUUUACGUACAUUUGGAUAAGCCGAACAACUUAAAUAAUGCUGUCAAAUUGAACAUGAAGUUGAAGCAAAUAACAGGAGGAAUCAUAGAACCGAAUUCUCCACGAUGGAACAUCAAAGUUACUCAACUUGAAUGCCCUUCUAGAGACAAGAAAUUUGCUCUUCAACACAAAAAAGACACUAAUAAUCGACCGGCAGAGGAUUUCCAUAAAUUGGCGCCCGAAGGAUGCCUUCAGUAUUUCACGGAACCAAGUGGCACCAUACAAAGUUUCGGUUACGAAUCAAGCAAAAUGUCAAUGAUUACUGCACAAGACUAUGCAAUCUGUUUCAAACGCAGCACAUCCGAAUGCGGCAUCAAAUUUACUUCCAAUUUCCUUGAUAUAGAUGCGGCGGGUUGUGCUAAUAAUUUUAUUCAUACACCGGAAACGACACUACCAGAUGAUGCUAAAGUUUGUUUUGACGAUGCACCGAAGAAGACAUGGUUAUCUGUUCAUCCAGGUCCACUCUAUGUUCAUGUCCAUACAGAAAUAAGCGAAGAAAAAUUGCAAGGAUUCAACAUUAAUUACGUUAUGAAGGGUUGUUAA